CAGUAAAUCUUGAGUUUCAAAUACAUUAUUUUUCCAAACAGAGGCAUUUUACAUAAUUUUAAUUGGUAUCAUAGUAAUAGAUAAUUUAAGUUAUACCUAAGUUAUUAACAAUGGCUGUGCACCUAUGGGAGGAUUCAAUGCGAAGCCGCGUGCUGUCCAAUUUCUCUUUCUUUGGACGGAAAUGCCACUACUACCCAUUUUCUCUUUCUUACCCUCUACCAACUGAACAAACAAAGCAAAAAUAGAAGUAAGUUUCAAUAACCUCGACUCGCUUCCGCAACUGAGUCAACUCGCUUUCCGUUACCAAACUCACCUCAGUUGAGGUCAGUUCUUUCUUUGAUUCUAAUUAUUGCUUUAGUUUUCUCUAAUUAAAUCUCACGAAUUCGAAUCCUACCCUUUGAUGAUCCGAUCCGGAUCGGGUCUCCUCUCCUUCAUGUACCCAAACAAGCAUCACCUUCUCAUUCUAUUAUUAGGGUUUCUCUUCAAUUCUUUAUUAUACUGCUAUUGCCAUGCGGAUCCGGGUCAAUCCUGUCCAAAAACAAGCUCGUAUGUCGGAUUCAAAUCCGAAUUCACCAUGGUCCAACACCAGCUCCGUGGAGUCAUAAAUAUAAUCGACGACUGCUCCUUUAAAAUUUCCAGAUUUGACAUGCUCUCCGGUACCGACGUGCAUUGGUGGGGCGCGAUCUCCACCGAUUUUGCUAACCUAACCAACGGUUUUAUCAUCUCCGAUCACAAACUUAACCAAACUUACGAAAAUGCAUCUUUUAUCGUUCAGUUAAACAAAACCUUAACUUGGGACCAGAUCCAAUAUCUAUCCGUUUGGGACUUGCCAACAGCGUCUGAUUUCGGUCACGUGAUUCUGACGAAUGAGUCUUUCUCGGGCCCCACAGUAAGCCCCGGUGUGGCUCCUUCACCGUUAAAUAACGAUACUGAUAUUGAGAAAGGGGAUAGUUGGAGUUUUAAAGUGCCAACGAUGUUUGAUAACUGUAAGGUGUUAUCUAAAGAAUAUAGGAUUAGAUGGAGUUUGAGCAAGGAUAAUGAUUUUAUUGAUAUUGGGUUAGAGGCAACUACUGGUGUCCAGAAUUACAUGGCAUUUGGGUGGGCGAAACCCGGUUCAGAUUUGGAGUUAAUGAUCGGUGCUGAUGUGGCGGUGGUCGGGUUUAAGGAGGAUGGGAAGCCAUUUGCUGAUGAUUUUUAUAUUACUAGGUACAGUGAGUGUACUAUAAAUCAGGAUGGUUCAGCUUUUGGUGUUUGUCCUGAUACAAUUUUUGAAGGAUCAGACCCUAUUGGAUUAGUGAAUAAUACUAAGUUGAUUUAUGGGCAUAGAAAAGAUGGGGUGUCGUUUAUCAGGUAUCGGAGGCCACUGGUUUCAAUUGAUAAAAAGUAUGAUGUUGCUGUUGAUUAUACAGCAAAUUUGACUGUGAUUUGGGCUCUGGGGUUAAUGAGGCCGCCCGAUACUCUCCGGCCUUAUUAUCUUCCCCAAUAUCAUGGAGCUCAGAGUUUGGUGAAUUAUGGGCAUUUUGCGUUUAAUGUAUCUGAGCAUGUGAAUGAUUGUGUUGGGCCGUUGGAUGCUCAGGACAAAGAGGAUCAGGAUUUAAUUAUUGCAGAUGCAAAUGUGCCUCUUGUUGUUACUACUGGUCCUGCUGUGCAUUACCCUAAUCCGCCUAAUCCUUCGAAGGUUUUGUAUAUUAAUAAGAAGGAAGCUCCAGUUUUGAGAGUUGAAAGAGGGGUGCCAGUUAAGUUUUCGGUUCAAGCGGGACAUGAUGUUGCCUUAUAUAUUACUUCGGAUUUGAUGGGUGGGAAUGCUACGGUGAGGAAUAAGACCGAGAUCAUUUAUGCUGGAGGACCUGAAGCUGAAGGUGUUCUGGCUAGUCCUACGGAGUUAAUUUGGCAACCAGGUAGGAAUACACCGGAUCAAGUGUACUAUCAAUCCUUGUAUCAACCGAAGAUGGGCUGGAAAGUUCAGGUGGUUGAUGGGGGUUUAUCUGAUAUGUAUAAUAACAAUGUCCUUUUGGAUGAUCAGCAAGUGACAUUCUUUUGGACAUUGGCAAAAGAUAGUAUAUCUAUUGCAGCUCGUGGUGAGAAAAAGAGUGGUUAUAUUGCAAUAGGAUUUGGUAGUGGAAUGAUGUAUAGCUAUGCUUAUGUGGGUUGGGUUGAUGAGAGUGGCAAAGGGAAUGUAAAUUCAUAUUGGAUUGAUGGAAAGGAUGCCUCCAGUAUUCAUCCAACAAAUGAGAAUUUGACUGAUGUGAGGUGCAAGUCAGAAAAUGGCAUAAUUACCUUUGAGUUUACACGACCCUUGAAACCAUCAUGUAGUCACCGCGAUCUGCCUGAGUGUAAAAAUAUCAUUGAUUCCACAAGUCCUCUUAAGGUCAUAUGGGCAAUGGGCGCUAAAUGGUCAGACGAACAUCUCACUGAUGGAAAUAUGCAUUCUGUUACUAGUCACAGGCCAGUCCGGGUGUUGCUGAUGAGUGGUUCUGCAGAGGCUGAGCAAGAUUUGCGACCUGUGUUAGCUGUGCAUGGGUUCAUGAUGUUCCUUGCUUGGGGUAUUUUGCUUCCUGGUGGAAUUUUGGCAGCUAGGUACUUGAAGCAUGUGAAGGGGGAUGGCUGGUACCAGGUUCAUGUUUAUUUGCAAUAUUCAGGUUUAGCAAUUGUCCUACUUGGCCUUCUUUUUGCUGUUGCUGAGCUUCGGGGCUUCUAUGUCAGCUCAUUACAUGUUAAGUUUGGGCUAACUGCUAUAUUUUUGGCAUGCGUACAACCAGUAAAUGCUUACAUGAGGCCUAAAAAACCAGUUAAUGGAGAGGAAGUAUCCUCAAAGAGGCUUGUUUGGGAGUACUUUCACAUUAUUGUUGGCAGAUGUGCUAUCAUUGCUGGAGUUGCAUCACUUUUCACUGGAAUUAAGCACCUGAAAGAUAGAUACGGAAGCGAAAAUCUUCAUGGUUAUAAUUGGGCAUUAAUUGUCUGGCUUUCGGUUGGUGUAUUGAUCGUCAUGUAUCUGGAAUAUCGAGAAAAACAGCGGAGGCGGGACAGAACAUUUGGGAGGAGCAAUUGGGUGUUGGGUAAUUUUGAAGAAGAGGACUCUAUUGAUCUGUUAAGCCCAUCUAGGGCUGCUGCACAAAGAGAAUUGCAACAGGCUGGACGAAUGGAAGUUCAAUUAGAGGCUCUAAACAGAUAGAAAAUUAGCUCACAAUACUAAUCAAUUUUGAAACUUUUUCUACUUGCACAGUGGAUAGCAGGCUUGUUUACUUGCUUGGAUUUUUUUUUAUUCUCAGGCAUAAAAGGGGUCUACAUGCUCAUCAUUGUACUCGCCUUCAUCCACUCGGCCUCAAGAGUAAUUGCCCUACUUUGUAAUUUGUGUACUUGAUACAUGUUUUAACACAGUGGAAGAGUAUAUUGGUUU